AUGGCAAGUUUAACAGUUUUGUUACGUCAUUCUGGCAAGUGGAACGAUAAGGGCAAUUAUAUCGAUUUUGCAAUUGAGGGAAUACUGAUUAAGGAGUAUGCCUCCUUUAAUGAUCUAGUUGCUUCAAUUUCUAAUCAACUGGGUAUAGAUUUGAGCUCAAAGACCAUUAAAAUACAAUACAAAGUAGAAGGAAAUUGCACGCCAAUGAAAAUACACAAUGAUAUGGGUUACAGAGUGUAUGUAGAAUUGAAAAAAGAGAACAGAGAAUUUGGGAUGUAUCCUUUGUGCGUAACUACUAUCGAAAAAGAGCUUAUAGACGGAGCAGUUCAAAGGUACGAUUCCGAUACUGAUAAUACACUGGCUAUAGAAUUUGUCAAUUCAGGAGAAGCGAUUGGAGUGUUCGAACUCCACAAUGAUUUGAUAAUUUCAAAAACCAAUCAAAAGGAGGUUAUGGCCGGACAAGUUUAUAAGGAUAAGGCUACAUUGAAAGAGGUGAUGGAGAAUUAUGCUAUAGCUCAAAGGUUUCAAUUCCGGGUUGAUCGGUCUAAUGCUGUCAGCUAUGCAUUAUUAUGUAUUUCAGAAGAUUGUGAAUGGAGGUUUAAGGCUUCAAGCAUUAACAGAUCAGAACUAUUCAAGGUGAGAGAAUUCAAUGACAACCAUACAUGUCCGCUGAAGGAUAAGGUGUACGAGCAGCGGCAGGCUAGUAGCAGCCUUAUAGGUGGUAUUAUAAGGCCAAAGCUUACAAACCAUAAGAGGAAAUACACUCCGAGGGACAUUAUUGAUGAUGUGAAAUCAGAUUUAGGUGUAGAUGUUAGCUACAUAUUGGCGUGGAGGGCUAAAGAAAAGGCAAUGAAUUUUCUUAGAGGUGAACCGGCUGAUUCAUACAAAAAAUUACCAGGGUACUUAUAUACAAUGGAUAUGACAUAUCCAGGUUCCCACAUCAGAAUGGUAAAAUCGCCAAAGAAUGAAUUCAUGUACGUGUAUAUAUCAUUGUAUGCCUUUAUAAGGGGGUUUGAUCAUUGUAGACCAAUUGUUGUUGUGGAUGGAAGUCACCUAAAAUCUUACUACACCGGGACAUUCGUUUCGGCAAGCACGUUGGAUGGUGCAGGUCAUAUAUUGCCACUAGCAUAUGGUGUUAUUGAUUCAGAGAACGAUGCUGCUUGGACGUGGUUCUUUGAGCAAUUCAAGAUAGCAUACGGUAAAUUCAAAAAGAGCCAUGCCAAGUUGAGCGAGAUAUACUUUUCGAUGGCAAAAGCAUACACAGAAGCUGAAUUUGACAGUCUAAUGGAGAAGGUCGAGAAGGUAGAUAUUAGGGUGAAAGAAUACUUAGAGUUAGCUGGUUACGAAAAGUGGGCUAGGUUGUAUGCACCUGUUAACAGGGGAUGGACAAUGACGUCAAAUAUUGCUGAGUCAAUCAAUGCCGCACUAGUUUCAGCAAGGGAAUUGCCAAUAUACGACUUCCUCGAAGAAGUUAGGAAGAUGUUUGGACGUUGGAAUUGUAGUAACUGCAAAGAAGCUACACAGAUAUACAAGACGCUUGGGAAAAAAUACCAGGAGAUGCUGGAGUUGAAUGAGAGAAUGUGUACACGUAUGACUGUGGUACCGUCAAAUGAAUACUUACAUACGGUUAACGAUGGUGGGAGGAAUUACACAGUCUGCCUGUUAGAGAGAAAAUGUGUUUGUGGGAGGUUCCAAACUGAUGAAUUGCCAUGCCCACAUGCUUGGGCUGUAUUGAAGAGCAAGUUUCUAAUGCCGGAUGAAUAUUGCUCUAACUACUACAAACCAAGUACAAUUGUAAUGACAUACGAUGUGCCAGUGUACCCGCUACCGGACAAAAAUAAUUGGAAUAUACCAGAACAUGUAGCAGAGGAGGUUGUACUACCACCCAAAUGGAAAAGACCUCCUGGAAGGCCAAAGAAGAAGCGCGAUAAAACUUUAAGUGAACUGCUGCAGCCGAAAAACCAACAUUCAUGUAGCAUAUGUGGGCAGGGAGGACAUAACAAGCGAACGUGUAGAAAUGCUCCACGUAAUAAAUAG